AUGAGCAUUGUGGUGCGGUUUGCGAACUACAUCAUCUCAAGAAGGAAGGUUGUGGUAAAGGGCCUGCCGACGAGCGAGGAGCGCGCGGCGGCGCAGAAGCUAAUCUUGCGCUUGGUGCAACGAGAGGCGUUCCAGACCGAGCUGCUGGCGUUGAAGGAGAACCACUCGCACCGUUUGCGAGGACUGAACCCGUUCUUCGAUCCUGACGACGGCCUUCUGAGAGUUGGCGGUCGAAUCAAACAAGCUUUCGUGCCGUACGACAGCCGGCACCAGAUCCUGAUGCCUGCCAAGCACCCUGUCACGGAAUCGUUCAUCCGCUACGAGCACGUGAAGAACCUCCACGUGGGCCAGAAGGGUCUGCUUGCGCUGAUACGCCAACGCUUAUGGCCGAUGAACGUCAAGACGACUAUCCGGAAGGUGAUUCGGGGAUGCGUGACGUGCUUCCGAGUCAACCCGAUGAAAACGGCCCAGCUGAUGGGAGACCUCCCGUCCUACCGAGUACAACCGGCCCCUGCGUUCUUCCACACCGGUGUCGAUUUCGCAGGACCGUUCCUGAUCAAGUCGCUGACCGCAGCACGAAGGCCGAUGAUGACGAAGGGGUACGUGUCCCUCUUCGUGUGUAUGAGCACGCGAGCUAUACACCUGGAACUGGUCUCAAGUCUCACGACGGAUGCCUUCCUCGCCGCCUUGCGGCGGUUCACUGGACGUCGAGGCCUGGUGAACAAGAUGCACUCCGACAACGCAACCAACUUCGUUGGGUCGGAGACCGAACUCGAGCGACUGGCCAAGUUGUUCGCCGAGGAGCAGCACAUCGAAAGGGUGGAGGAGUUCUGCAGCAGCCACGGAAUCACCUGGAGCUUCAUCCCGCCGCGCAGUCCGCACUUCGGUGGGAUCUGGGAAGCUGGGGUGAAAUCGGUCAAGCAUCAUCUUAAGCGAGUAGUAGGCAACCAGAAACUCACCUUCGAAGAGCUGACUACCGUGCUGGUGCAAAUUGAAGCCGUGCUGAAUUCGCGGCCCUUGACGCCGUGCUCGGACGACCCGAACGAUUUGACCGCAGUGACUCCAGCACACUUUUUGAUCGGGCGAGAGAUGCGCGCGGUUCCCGAGCCGUCCUACCUCCACCUGAAGCAGUCGACGCUGUCCCGCUGGCAACACGUGCAGGCAAUGCAGCAGCAGUUCUGGAAGAGGUGGAUUGCAGAGUAUUUGCCGGAGCUGCAGAACCGCCAAAAGUGGUUCAAAACUACCAAGAUCCAGCCGGGCGCUUUGGUGCUGAUCAGCGACCCGAACGCUCCGCCGAUGCAGUGGCAACUUGGUCGAAUCAUCGCGCUGCAUCCCGGAAAGGACGACGUCACCAGGGUGGUGACACUACGAACGGCGAAGGGCGAGUGCAAGCGAGGCGUGACGGAGAUUUGCUUGCUUCCGCUGGACCAGGAGACGACCGAGGAGGAUUGA